AGAGAGAGAGAGAGAGAGACUCGUCCAAAGCAAAACUGCAAAAGCAGGGGUUUUGGGGCCACGAGGGGCCCAGCGAGUUCUUCACUCCACCCUUGCCUUGUGAAUGUGUAGGCGUAGCGGUGGUGUGCUUGGUUCCGUUGCAGAGCGGAGCAGACUAGCAGAGGAGGCUCCAACGCGCCCUGCCCGAGGAGGAAGAAAGAGGGAGAGAACAGAGAAAGCCGCCUGCUUUCCUUGUUUCCUGCAGCUUAACGCAGAAGUAAUUGCAUCACCAGGCACCAGCCCCACUACCGAGCUGCAGGCGCUGGCGCUGGGAGCGGACGCAGAGCAGCAGCCAGCAGUGGCCAGUGGAGUAGAGCAUGAAGAAGGGGCACCAGCUGCAGCAGCAGCAUUCCUCUCCCCUGUCGCUGCCGCCGCCCAAUAAGCGCCGCUGCAGCGGCCUGGCCGCCGCCGUGCCGGCGCUCGUCGUCUGCUCCAUCCUGCUCCCGCUCGUCUUCCUCCUCGGCCUCCACCGCCCCGGUCCCGGCUAUGGAUCGGAGGAGCGCGCUGCGGUCGUCAUCAGCACCGAGCUGGCCAGUUUUGGGGCGCGUAGUAACAAGCAGCAUCUGGAGAAUGGGGGCGCCAUGAAGCACGAGCUGCUCAAGGAUGUUUCCAAAAAGGCGUCGUCUGGAUCCAACGGGAUUUCAGCUGAGAUGUCUCCUAGAUCAAAGUCUAAGAAUCAUGCUAUCAAAUCAAAAGCAAAGCUCAAGGGUGUUUUGUAUUUAGUUAAGCUAAAUAAUGACACCUUCAAAAGCAAUGGACCUGAUAUGCUGAAAAGAUAUCAAAGGAAGGACCUGUCCUGGAGAUCAAAGGAAUCUAAAACUGUUUUGCGACAUGAUACUGUUGUUAAUGGGAAAGAGAACCAUGGUCAAGAGACAGUGCAUGAGGGGAAUCCCAAGUCCUGUGAACAUGAAUAUGGAAGUUACUGCCUCUGGUCUACUGAGCAUAGGGAAGUUAUGAAAGAUGCUAUUGUGAAGAGGCUUAAAGAUCAACUUUUUAUUGCAAGAGCUCAUUAUCCUAGUAUUGCAAAAAUAAAGCAGCAUGAAAGAUUUACACGUGAACUGAAACAAAGCAUUCAAGAACAUGAACGCAUGCUGAGUGACACCAUCACAGAUGCUGAUCUGCCACCAAUUUUUACAGAAAAGCUAGAGAAAAUGGAGAACACAAUUGAGAGAACCAAGUCUUGUGAAGUAGGAUGCUCUAAUGUUGAACGGAAACUUAGGCAGCUACUUGAUAUAACUGAAGAUGAAGCUUAUUUCCAUACAAGACAGAGUGCAUUUCUAUAUCAUCUUGGUGUCCAGACUAUGCCGAAAACUCACCAUUGCUUGAACAUGAGAUUGACAUUAGAAUAUUUCAAAUCUCGAUCAAUCCGCACGGACCAACUAAAUAAGCAGAUGCUUGAAAGUCCUACCUUCCAGCACUAUGUAAUAUUUUCCAGAAACGUGCUUGCAGUUUCAACCACUAUUAAUUCAACAGUUUUGAAUUCCCAGGAUUCUGGCAGUAUUGUUUUCCACUUGUUCACUGAUGCGCAAAACUUUUAUGCAAUGAAGCAUUGGUUUGACAGAAAUUCAUACUUGGAGGCUACUGUUCAUGUAACUAACAUUGAGGAUCAUCUGAAGUUCCCAAAGCAUGAAGAUUCACUUGAGAUGCAACAAUUAUGGCCUUCAGAGGAAUUCCGUGUUACAAUUCAUAAUUAUUCUGAAUCUUCCCAGAGGCAGAUGAAAACUGAGUACAUAUCUGUUUUUGGCCAUUCACAUUUCCUGUUGCCUGACCUUCUUCGUAACUUGAAUAGAGUAGUAGUUCUGGAUGAUGAUUUGAUUGUCCAAAAAGACUUGUCAUCUCUGUGGAACCUCGAUAUGGAUGGUAAAGUGGUCGGUGCUGUCCAGUUCUGUGGAGUUACAUUAGGACAGUUAAGAGCUUAUAUUGCCGAACAUAGUUUCAACUCCGAUGCAUGUGUGUGGUUGUCUGGUCUGAAUGUCAUUGAAUUGGAAAAAUGGAGGGACCUCCGUGUCACCAGUUUGUAUCAUCAAUCACUCCAAAAGCUGCAAAAGGAGAACCUAACAUCAAAGCAACUGAAAGCACUCCCUGUUAGUAUACUUGCCUUUCAAGAUCUGAUAUACCCUUUGGAAGACUCAUGGGUUCAGUCAGGCCUUGGACAUGAUUAUGGAAUUAGUCGAGACGAUAUAGAAAAGGCUCCUACUCUACACUACAAUGGUGUCAUGAAACCUUGGCUUGAUUUGGGGAUACACAAUUAUAAAAGCUACUGGAGGAAGUACAUGACUACAGGGGAGAAAUUCAUGAUGGAAUGCAACAUCCACUAAUUAACAGUACCAUGAAAUGCACCAAAUACUACCAUUUUGGGCAUUUGAACCGCAGACCUCAUGAACUUAAUGAAUUGACAAAGUUAUGGUAACUAGAAAAUCACUCCAGGCCUACAGAUGACCCAAAUACACCCCUGCGAAGGCGAUGCUCAAAUCCCAAAAGGCUAAUAAACUGAAAUGUCCUCUGCAAAACCUUGCAAUUGUCAGCAACUCAGCAUCUAAGACAUCAGAAGGACACCAGCGUGAAACCUUUGGAGUAAAGUUACAGACCCUCUAAGAGAUGUGUCGGUUCUUUCACCAGUUUAUACACAGAUGAAUGACCUUUUUCAUUUGCUGCUUGGAAUUGCAAAAGUGCAGUUCCCUUGCUGCUCAUGUUUUGUAUAAUUUUCUUUUAUGCUAUUCUUUUGCUCAUUGUACAAGAGCAAUACUAGGGCAAAUGUUGACUGUGGCACAUCAUGUACAAGGAACAGCAAAUGAUGCCUAAAUUAGCAAAUAGUCGCCUGUAGCUCUCUGCCGCAAGGCUUGUUAUUGUUUUUGUUAUUGUGUGAUGCUGAUAUCCCACUGGCGGCGUAAUGGAUGGUUGUUUGUUC